AUGUCACCUCUAGGGAUGCUGUGGGAGAAUGACCAUGGCCUUUCGGAGGACGGCCGAGUUGAAGCGGAGGAGUUGAGGCGGAAGCUGAUGGAUGCCAAGGCACGCGUGAUGAACCCGCAGGCGACUUGGAUGACUAGAAUUUUCAAUCCAGAUGUCGUUUGCAGCUCGCCUUUCACACGAUGCCUGGAAACAACCUGCAUUGCUUUCAAGGACUUCAUCCCCAAGUCCGGACUGGAGAUCUUCAGAGAGGCGCGCGAGCACAAGAAGCUCGGAGGAUUUGAUUCUACUGGCGUCGCAUGCGGAAAGGAAAUUCCCCCGCGGGUCAGAGCAGAGCUGGAAGCCGUUUAUCAGGCAAGUCCAGACUCUGAGAAGACAGAAGCCGUGCUUGAGGAGUUUGACAAAAUCGUCAUUGACACCUCGACAGUGGAGGAUGAGUGGUGGGGCGGCAUGCUUGGCGAAAGCUACGCCGACAUAGAUGAUAUUCAGCAGGCACUGAUGCGCCGCCUCCGGAGCCAGCGUGGUUCUUUAGCAGGCGGCGGAGCCGCAACGGUCUUGGUUGGUCACUCCUAUUGCAUCCGUUCUAUCUUCGAUGCAUAUCUUCCAAACAGUGCCACGCCUGAUGCGGCCUCCCUUCGCAGCAAAGCGCUUCCCUGCUGCGGCGUUGUUGGGGCAAGGAUUGAGUGGACGGAAGCUGGUGUUCCCGUGAUACGCGAGGCCAUUCCACUGCUCGCAACGCACCUGGAGCCAGCAGAGCGCGACUUCGAUGGACAAGUAAGCCGAGCCAGCAGCUGCGCCUGUGGUCGCGGGAAGGUGGAUCUUUGUGUGGUCUCCUAG